ACCCUUCCCCUCUUCUUCACCGCCGUUGAAACUCUCCGUUCACCUCUAUAUCUCAUUACAAAACCAAACCUUUGUCGCGGUUUCCAAACUUAGGUUUGUCCGAUUCCCAAUUGGGGAAUCUCGUUCCCUGAUACUUCUAUGGCUGUAUGGCGUAUCAUCAAUCGCUCUUAUCUCAAAUACGCAUCAAACCAAUUAACCAGAAGGAGCUACACUCAAGUUUGUCUUGCUUCUUCUAACUCGCUUACUCAUGCUGUGAAGCAGACGACAUCAAAGGUGUCUUUUUUUGAUAUCCCAAAUUCAGAUAUAUGUACAAGACCUUCUAAUGUCUUCCAAAAUCUCAGAUUCCUUGCCACUUCAGCUCAGACACGGAAGAAGGAAGAGGAAGUUGAAUCUGAUGGUCCACGUCUCAAUGAGAAGAUUACUGGCGAGUAUGUUAGACUGGUUUCUGAGGAAGGACACUGUGUUGUAUCUCUGAAAGAAGCUCUCAGGCGGGCUAAGGAGGCCGAGUGUGACUUAGUUGAGGUCCAGAGAGAUGCUAAGCCACCUGUGUGUAAAAUUGUAAAAUACACAUUGGAGAAGUACAAAAAAGCUAAAGUAGGAAAAGAGCGUGCUAAGGCUAAGCGGGCAGAAGCUAUUCGACCUGAAGUCAAGGAAAUUCGUUUUACUCCAAAAAUUGAGGCGAAGGACCUAAAGUUUAAAUCUGAUCAAGCAUUGAAGCUGAUGGAAAAUGGAUAUCGUGUAAAGUGCAAUGCAGUGCCUGACAAGGACAAACAUAAGGAGCUUGAACCAGAAAAACUGCUCGAGUUACUAUUUCGCUUCACUUGUUAUCUUGGGGAUGCACUUGUCGAAUUUGGGCCAGAGGCGGAUAGAAAAAGUGCAGUUGUGAUAGUUCGACAUGCCAAGUUUGGCCCACCCAAGAAAGGAGGGGCGAAAAAGUUGAAGGAUUUAGACAUAAAAUCUGCAAGAGUGAAGGAGUCAGCAAAGCCUGAUAGCUUGGAGGCUGGAGAGUCUAGUGUUGAUGAUCAGGGAGAUAUAGAGAAUUCUGAACCUGGGAUCAGUGUCCACCAGGCCCAACCAGUUCAUGUCCAGAACACAUACGCAAAAAGAGAACCAAGUAGUGAGUUUUCAGGAGGUAGAGAUACAAGCCGGUUUGAAUCUCGGUCUCCAAACCAGCAUGUGAACCCACAACGUCCUCCGUUCCCAAACCAAGCUCCAAACCAACAACCUACAGGGCGUUUUAAUCCUCAGUCUCCAAACCAGCCUCCAAGUGCACCAAGGCCUCAAUUCCCAAACCAGGCUCAAAACCAACAACCUACAGGGCGGUUUAAUCCUCAGUUUCCAAACCAGCCUCCAAGUGCACCAAGGCCUCAAUCCUCAAACCAGGCUCCAAAUCAACAACCUACAGGGCGGUUUGAUCCUCAAUUCCCAAACCAGCCUCCAAGUCCACCACGGCCGCGAUUCCCAGACCAAGCUCCAAAUCAGCAACAAUCAGGGCCAUCUCCAAACCGCCACCCCGACAGGCAAGGUCCUCCACCUCGAUUUCAAAACCAAGCUCCAAAUCAGCAACCUCCCAGCCGGUUUGAACCUCAGCCACCAAACCCGCCUCGAGCUCCACCACGCCCACAACCCCGGUUGCCAAACGAAACUCCAAACCAACAACAACCUACUACCCCUGGAAGAUCUAGUGGCCCGGCUUCAGGUUAUGGAAUUUUCAGCACCCCAAAAACGAAGUAGCACACAACCAAUACAUUGAACCCAUAGAGUUGCAAUAUUUUUGAUACUUUCUCUUGGGAAAUCUGUUGAUUGCUCAUUAUUUUACGUGUAACUAAUAAUAGUCCAUGCAUACACUUACACUUGUAAACCCUCAUCAAUUUUUGUUUGGUCACUAGACUCACUACCACUCAAUAA